UUCUACUCUUUGUUAAAAUUUUAUUUAAUUAAUUGACAAUUACAAUUUGUCAAGCACAAAAAAAAUACUGCCUUGUUGCAGGUAUGUGUAGUUGUUCUCCUGGAGAAGUUACAGUAGCUCCUGUUCAGCAGUGGCAUGAGACUGUAACAUAAAAAAAGCUCGUUGACCUAUGUCUCCCAGCACAAGUGAUUAUUCACUGGCCUCCAUCCUCAGUGGUCAGCACCUUCACUGCAGCCAAAGACUGUUUAUUACUUCUUUUCAAGGCUGGAAAAGCUAUUUUUUACUCACGGUAACAGUAAAUUUAUUUCUGAAUCUCCUCUUGCAGUUGGCAUGAAUGAAGCUUUACUUACAGAUGUAAUCCAGAGCUAUGUUAAGGCAUGAGGAAGUUCAUAUUCUAGUUUUUGAUUCCUUGAUAGAAAUUUUCUUGGCUACCCUGAUAAUGCACCUUCAGUAGUGCUGGAAACAUAAGCAGCUCUUGUAUCCUUCUGAGGACUAGUGAAAAUGUAUUUGAUGGCUGCAGCUAAGCUUUCCAGUACCAUGUAUUCAUAUCCCUCCUCAAAUCCAGGGCUGGAAGACCAUGAAAGUUCCUUCACCUAUACUGAGAGACCAGAAUUUGCUCUCUUUUAACUCUGUUCUUUUCAGAGCUCUCACGUCUCCAGUGGAGGACACCAAAUUCACCCAACUUUAGAAGCUCAUCCUCAGAACAAAACAACAAAAGACCUUGGCUGUCGUGUCACCCCUAGAGUGUGUGGUAUCUGGUCUCCACCUCAUCCAAUCUCACCAGGGAAGUGUUUGCAGAUGAAAAUGAACGGUGGAAUUCUCCUGUCCCUCCUUGGCUUCCUCCCACUUGCGAUACCCAUAUGCCCUGUGCCAUGCAGGUGCACCACCAACAUUACUGACUGCUCACUGAAAAACCUGACUGUAGAAAACCUGCCCACUGCCUUCCGUCCCUCGGCUGAAAUCAUCCACCUCGGUUCCAACAGGCUCACCUCUAUUCCCAAUGGGCUCUUUGACAACCUGAGGAGCCUCCAGGUAGUCUACCUGCAGGGCAACCCUUGGGAAUGCACCUGUGACAUCCUCUACUUGCGCUCCUGGCUCCAGUGGCAGCAGAACCGGAGCCUGUACAGGGAUGUGAGGUGCAGCUCCCCGGAGCACCUGCAGGGCCGCAUCAUUGCCUACCUGACAGAAGAUGAGAUCGUCUCCACGUGCCAGCACUGGUACUGCAGCCUGGCUCUGCUCUCUCAGCUCUCCCUCUUCAUCCUCCUUAUCCUCCAGGGUAUCUUGGUUAUCCUCAUCGUUGUCUACCUGCAGAAAUUUCGGAGAAUGACCGCUGAAGUCCGGAGCACCACCCAAGAUCUAGACCACCAGGUGGACCCUUGGGCAUCUUCAAUAAACCCCUCCAACAAGGAUUAACAUCACGAGACAGAAGACCCUCCUCCCUUUGGGGGAUGCUGUGCCAAAGUCCUGUAGUUUGUGAUACCCAGAGGAGACAAUUUAGUACAGCAUCUAAUCCUGACUGCAGUGUGAAGCAGGACUUGAACUGAUCAGACUUUUUCUGUGUUCCUAAAGAAUCAAUCUCAUGUUUUUUCAAUGCUUUAAAUUCUUUAGCGUGAUCUUGGCUGCUUGUCUAAGCUGGAUGUUUGGUAGACUAAGGAAAUCAUAAACUACAGCAACCAGAACUGACUCAGACAGCUCAUAGGGGCUCCAGUGCUAGAUCCCUCCCCUCCUACAGUAUUCCAGCCAUAUUUCCCAGGGUGCUUCUGGUUGUGCUGGGUCAGGUGAGGACAGAGGUGGCCAGCAAACUGUUUGAGUUCUGAGCUAGGACAAUGGAGAAAUAGUUUCCUUCUGCUACCACAGAUAGCAUUAAGAGCUUUGGACUAGGGUUUUAGUCUUUUCCUGCCUUGGUUUCCCAAGUAAGAGGGAAAGGAAAUAUCUUCUUGCUUGAUGCAUCUUUUCCAAUGUUCUUCUAGGGGAGGAGGGUAUGUCUAAAAGCCCACUCACCUUAUCUGCAUCCCUUUUAGUCUACUUUAGUUUUAAUACUGACUGAAUUCAGUGAAACUGGGGCCCUGAAUCUUUAUGAGAAAUUCAUCCUGAAGACAAGAAUUGUUUGACUGUGCCUGUAUGGUGCCUGGCACAAGAGAUCUGGUCUUGAGAAACUCAAACUACAAACCCCACUGAUGUGCCUACUGCUGUUUCUGGUGUCCCUUAAUUAUUUUUGAAAUAAAGCAAAAUUUAAAUAAAAUUAUGCACGAUGAUGUAAA